ACUAAAAAGGAGUGGUUUGAAAUGGAAGAUGGCAUUGAAGUAGAACUAGAAGGAAAAUUUUGAAUAAUUGGAUGGAUGUGAUGCGAUCGACGUGAAAGCGAUUCCACAUGCAUCAUAUCACAUCAUAUUAUAAAUCCACAAUCAUAUACACACACAUCCAUUCUCCGUGCGCAAAAUCCACAAUUCAUAAUAAACCCUUUCUACUUUCCUCCAAAUCCAUACACAGCCUAAGCACCACGCCAUGAACUUUUUCAAGUCCGUCUUCGCCGACGAGCCCGACGAGCCCGACUCUCCUCCGGCCGAAUCGGACAACCCCGAUCCGCCUCAGAGCCACCACGACUCCGCGUGGAGCUUCGGCGGCCUCAUCCAAACCCUCGCCUCGAAAUCCGAGUCCGUCCUCGAGAACUACCGUCGCGAUCUCGAGGAAUUCGGGUCCGGUUUGAGGAAGGAAACGGCGGUGAUACGCGAAGCCGCCUCACGCGCCGUCCAAGACCUGCCGGCGUCGCUGGACGUCGGUGCGUCGGUGGCGCAGGAGUCGCUUGAGUCCGUCGGCCAAGCCAUCGAUGACAUUGGCAGCACCGUUUGGAACUCGACAGCGCAGAUUAUCUCUCACGGUAGGGACUCUCUCUUAGCCUCUGAUUUCGAUUCCGAUUCUUUCGAUUCGAGCAAUUACGAUAAUAACAAUGCUAGCAAGAAACUGUUGAGCGGUAGUGGUAGCAGUGAUCGUGGUUUGGAUUUGAAACGGUAUAGUAGGUUUGAUACGCUGGUGCGUGCGCUUCAGUGUGAUGUGAAUACCUAUUUGGAAGAGCCUGAGGAUUUGGGGAAUUUCAAUGAGUGGAAAUUAGGGUUUGAGGUGAAUGAGAAGAGUGAGGAGAUUCGGAAUUUGAUUGAAGAGAAUGAAGUUGUUGAUGAGAUUUAUGAGAAGGUUGUGCCUAGUAGGAUUGAUGAUGAGAGUUUCUGGAGCAGGUAUUUUUAUAGGCUGGAUAAGCUGAGGCAAGCUGAGGAUACGAGGGCUAAGCUCGUGAAGCGUGCAAUUUCCGGGGAUGAAGAGGAGGAUUUGACCUGGGAUUUUGAUGAUGAUGAUGAAGGUGGUAAUGAUGGGUAUGAGCCUUUAGGUGAUACCCGUAGCGUUUCAGAGGUGAAGGAGGGAAAAUCUGGUGACGGUGCCAUGGAUGGUGGUGAUGUUGAGAAUGUUCAGGCUGGGAAGAAGGAUGAUGGCAAGGUUGUUGAGAAUGUUCAGAUUAGGAAGAAGGAUUUGGAGAUAGAGGAUGAUGGAAAGAGUGUUUCUGCUCCUGAAUUGAAAACUGAUGUUGAUGAUAAGUCGGAGAAUGUGUCAUCUAAUGUACCUGAGAAUGUAAGUAGCAGUGGAGAUAAGUUGGAUGUUAAAUGUGAAGAGAAAGAGGCAUCAGAAGGGAAGACAGAUAACGAUAACAAUGGUUCGUGCAAAGACAGUGAUAUUUCAGUUGUUUCAAGCCAGCCUUCAAUGCCUGGGGAAGAAGACAUUGGCUGGGAUGAAAUUGAAGAUAUUGAAAGCAAUGAUGAGAGUAAAGGGGCCACAAGUAGGAUUGAUUUGCGGAAGAGAUUGAGUGUGGCAGACGAAGAUGAGGAUCUGAGUUGGGAUAUUGAAGAUGAUGAUGAGGCUGCCAAAUAAUGAGCAGAUUGUGGGUUCAUAUCAUUGAUGCUUUAAUUAUUAAACACAAAUUGCUUAUUAAGUGUAUAAUUCUUUCUUAUAAAUUAACAAUGUAAAUAAAUUGUUUUUUACGUCUUAUACAAGCUUAAGUCUGAAGGUGGACACCAGUUGAAAGUUUAAUUUGUAAGUUCUUGUGGAUUCUUCAUCCUCUUUGAGGAAGGUUCUUGCACACCAUAUUCGGUGUACCUUUUUACAGGAAGGCAUGUUCAGUUAUUUGCAACUGCUAUUUUAAAAAGGAUUUGUAUAAUCAUGUCA